GCUGAGUAGUGUGUGGGCAUGUGCAUGUCAGGAUCCAUUAGUAAAAUCUUUUGCCAACUCACCAAAAUAAAUAGCACACACCGGCCAAGUGGCCACUCUUGUCAGUUACUACUUUAGCAACAUGCUUGUCAAGCCAGCCAAACAAGUCACUUGAACCACCAUGUUCAAAGUUUUUGAACUCUCCCAUCAACUCAUAACUACCAGAAAGGAUUUUCAAAAGUAUUCUUCAUGUAAGAAGAAGGCUCACCCCUCUGGUGAUCGAUCAGACACAGAAAGACUUGAGAAAUGGCAACAGAAGCUGAUGUUCCAGAUCCCAUAUCUCUACUGAAAAGAGAAGUGGAAGACAAAGAGAUGACAAGUGAACUUCCCAGUAUCACGGUCAGCGAAGGCCCCAAAGAAGAAAAGAAGAGAAUCGAAUCCUGGCUUAGCCAACCUCCUGAAAUCAUUGAAUUCUUCGGGAAAACAGAAGCCGAGGAAGUUGGCAACGAUGAUGAGGUUGCAAAUAUGAAUGUCAUCAACAAAGGCAGUGUUGAAACCGUUGAGGGCGAUGUUUUUUCGAAAUCUCUCUCAGUUGCCGAUGAAGAAUCGGUGAGGUACGCUGAACAUAGCCAGGUGACUUCAGAAGGCGAGAAAUCAAAGAGUUUAACCGAUUCAGUGGGUAUGGAGAUGGAUCCUGAAACUAUACGGCCAACUAUAGAUAUGGCGGACGUGAAUAACAAGCAUGGCAGCUCAUUGCUUGAUGCACCAGUGGAGGAGACUACCUCCGAAAAAGCAGGAACAGUAGUAGGGGAGUGUGUUGAAGAGAGUAUGAGUGUGUCGCGCAAGGAGGCAAGCCAAGAAACAUUGGAAUUAGCCGAGGAGAUGAAAGAUUCGACCUCAGCUGAAGAUGAACUUCCACACAAGAACCUAGAAUCUUCUUUUUUUGAAAAAGUUGGAGAAUUUUUCUUCCAUAAGGCGGACAACCUCGAGACAUCCGCAAAAGAAUCUGAACCUGUGAUGAAGGACUUUGUCAAGGAGAGCCAACAUGAAGCAGAACACAAAAGCGAAAUCCUUGAAAAUAUUGCUACAGCUGAUAGCGAUCAAAGCACAACAGGUAUGCAUGAUGAAAUCCAAGAUACGAAAGCUGAUGUUUCGUUUGGGCGACAAAGGGAAAGCACGGAGAGAGACGGAGAGGACCACACUCCAACAGACAGCGUCAUGGCUGAAGAGCAGCAAAAAACUGAAACAUCGACACAUGAGGAACAAUCAGGGCUGCACCACAUGCAGAAAACCGAAGGAGAAGCGCCAAUGGAUUCCGAGGAGAUUGAGACAGAAGGCUCCAGCAAGUACGCUGAAACCAUUACCAACAUUGAGGAGCGAAGACCUAUUGGGAGCCCUGAAGAAAUCUAUGGGGAAAAACCAAAGGACGAGAUGAUCAGUGCUGAUGAUAUCAACAAGAAUGAAGUUCAAGUAGCAAAUGAUCUCCCAACCAUUGAAUUGGAUGAGAAGACUAGAAGUGCAGAACUUGAGAUCCCAAACAAGAGUGGUAGUGAAUUAUGGAUUGCCCAUCCACCCGUAGGGGAAGAAGUCCAAGAGGAAUGCAAAAAGAAGGAUGAAGUAUCCAUGUCUGAAUCGGGGGAUCCUCCCGAAGCAAUCCAAUUUCCAAACAAAGAGGAGAAGCACGUUAAUGAGAUAUCUGAAGCAACUGAAAGCCUAGAGAGUACAAUUUCAGAGCCUACAGCCACAGAAGGAGAACUAAACGUUGAAGCGGCCUCAACAAGUGAGAUUGACAGCAACACAGAAAAGGUUUGUGGACUGAAAUCUGAAGAGGCACUAAAGGAGAUCAAUGCAGAGGACAACGUGGAAGAAGAGAGGGAACAGACAGAAGAUGAACUUCCACCUAAGAACCUAGAAUCUUCUUUUUUUGAAAAAGUUAAAGGUGUAUUCUUCCAUAAAGUGGACAACCUUGAGACAUCUGCAAAAGAAUCUGAACCUGGAAUGAAGGAUUUCGUCAAGGAGAGCCAACAAGAAGCAGGACACAAAAGCGAAAUCCUUGAAAAUAUUGCUGCAGCCGAUAAUGAUCAAAGUUCAACAGGUAUGCAUGAUGAAAUCCAAGAUAUGAAAGCUGAUGUUUCGUUUGGGCGACAAAGGGAAAGCACGGAGAGAGAAGGAGAGGACCGCACUCCAACAGACAGUGUUGUGGCUGAAGAGCAGGAAAAAACUGAAACAUCAACACUUGAGGAACAAUCAGGGCAGUCCUACAUGCAGAAAGCUGAACGAAAAGCCUCAACGGAUUCCAAGGAGAUUGAGACACAAGGCUCUGAUAAGUAUGCUAAAACAGUUACCAACAUUGAGGAACAAAGAGAAGUAAUCGUUGGGGAAAAACCAAAGGACGGGACGAUCAACACUGAUGAUAUCAACAAGAAUGAAGUUCAAGAAGUAAAUACUAGAAGUGCAGAACUUGAGAUCCCGAACAAGAAUGGUAGUGAAUUAUGGAUUGCCCAUCCACCCGUAGAGCAAGAAGUCCAAGUGGAAUGCAAAAAGCAGGAUGAAGUAUCCAUGUCUGAAUCGGAGGAUCCUCCCGAAGCAAUCCAAUUUCCAAACAAAGAGGAGAAGCAUGUUAACGAGAUAUCUGAAGCAACUGAAAGCCUAGAGAGUACAAUUUCAGAGCCUACAGCCACAGAAAGAGAGCUAAAUGUUGAAGCGACCUCAACAAGUGAGAUCGACAGCAACACAGAAAAGGGUUGUGAACUGAAAUCUGAAGAGGCACUAGAGGACAAUGUGGAAGAGAGGGAACAGACAGAAGAUGAACUUCCACACAAGAACCUAGAAUCUUCUUUUUUCGAAAAAAUUAAAGGUGUAUUCUUUCAUAAAGUGGACAACCUUGAGACAUCCGCAAAAGAAUCUGAACCUGGAAUGAAGGAUUUCGUCAAGGAGAGCCAACAUGAAACAGAACACGAAAAGGAAAUCCAUGAAAAUAUUGCUGCAGCCGAUGGUGAUCAAAGCAAAACAGGUAUGCAUGAUGAAAUCCAAGAUACGAAAGCUGAUGUUUCGUUUGGGCGACAAAGGGAAAGCACAGAGAGAGAAGGAGAGGACCACAUUCCAACAGACAGCGUUGCAGCUGAAGAGCAUGAAAAAACUGAAACAUCGACACAAGAGGAACAAUCAGGGCAGCGCCACGUGCAGAGUACCGAACGAGAAGCCCCCAUGGAUUCCAACGAGAUUGAGACAGAAGGCUCCGAUAAGUAUGCUGAAACGAUUACCAACAUUGAGGAACAAAGACCUGUUGGGAGCCCUGAUGAAAUCGUUGGGGAAAAACCGAAGGACGAGAUGAUCAUCGAUGAUGAUAUCAACAAGAAUGAAGUUCAAGAAGCAAAUAAUCGCCCAACCGUUGACUUGGAUGAGAAGACUGAAAGUGCGGAACUUGAGAUCCCAAACAAGAGCGGUAGUGAGUUAUGGAUCACCCAUCCACCCAUAGAGGAAGAAGUCCAAGCGGAUCGUGAAAAGCAGAAUGAAGUGUCCAUGUCUGAAUCAGAGGAUCCUCUGGAAGCAAUCCAAUUUCCAAACAAAGAGGAGAAGCACGUUAACGAGACAUCCGAAGCAACCGAAAGCUCGGAGAGUACAAUAUCAGGGCAUACAGCCACAGAAGGAGAGCUAAACAUAGAAGAGACCUCAACAAGGGAGAGGGACAUCAACACUGAAAAGGGUUGUGAACUGAAAUCUGAAGAGACAGUAAACGAGAUCAAUGCCGAGGACAACACGGAAGGAGAGAGGGAACAGAUAGAAAAAGCUUCGGAUACCGAGUUUUUCGUUGAAAGAAAAAGUGGCGAGGACGGGAGAAGUACAAUAGAGGAAGACAUUCCUGUCAAGAAACGAACAUCGGGAGAAGAAGAAUACCACUAUGGUCAAGAGGAGCAAGUCAGCUCAUCGAACAGUUUUCCGGAAGAACUCACCGAAACGGUUAGUGGAGAUCAGAGUUACAUAACAUCGGAUGAGACAAAAACCAUCGAUGAGCAGAUCAUAUAUCAAGAGGUGUGUGAAGAUCCUAAGCUGGCUGACAGGGCUGAAGACAUCGAAAAAGAAAUGGAAAAUGAAGAGAACACUAUUACUGAUUUCUCACCAGAACCCACAGGUGAACGCCCAACGAAGUCCUCUGAAGGAAAUGAAACGGACGCCAAGAAGCACGAGGCUGAGGCAUAUGGAGAAAGUACGACAAUGGAGGAAAGUGCAAUCACAGAUCUCCCUUCCUCGGAUGUCUGGGAAGAUAAAGUCGAGGAAAGCUUGAAAGAAGACAGAAGAGAGGCAAUGAUACCAGAUAAAGAGGUGUGGAACUCUAACAUCGAAUCCAGAGAGAGGGAUUCCGAAGCCACACAUUCCAGGGCAGAAAGCACCGCCAAGGAGCUUAAGGAUGAGGCAGAGGCAAAUGAAGGCUUGAAUGCUCAGAGUACUAUAGGAUCAUCAUCAGAAGAAACGGCUCAAGAAAGCGACUCAAAUCUCGUUCAAAGCUCCUCAGCACCUGAUAUUAUUGAGAAAGAGGUUAACAAGGAGCUUUUAGAGAAAGAAGACUCGAAGGGUGCGGUGGAAGCAGAGGAAACAAGGUUAACUGAAGCCGAAUCAGAGUACCCAAUUGGGUUAGACAGUUCUAACCUCAUUUCUGAAGAGAAGGGUCAAGCAACAGCUGAAACAAGUGAGAUGAGGUCAAAUGACAUAGAUGUUGUAGCUGAAUCUGCAGAAAUCUCCUUCUUGGGUGAUAAUGAGGAUAUGGAGAUCCCAACCGCAAGAAAGGAUGGAGCAGAUGAAUCAACCGAAAAGACACAGCCUGAAGGUAAAACUGAAUAUUGCGAUGAAUUAUCGAAACCGGAAGAUCAAAGAGAAAUUGCUGCUGGUGAGAGAUCCUUGGAUUACGUGCCAGAACUAGAACUUAUGGAAUCUUCCCCAGUGCCAUUGGAAGCAGACAACCUUGUCACUGAAGUAAGUGAGACACCUGGUGAGGCUCUAGAGAAAGAAAAAACAUCGUCUGAUAAAGAAGAAACUCCCUUAGUUGCAGAGGCAACUGAAGAGUAUAUAGCUGAGACAGAGGGUGACUCAACAAUUCAAGGGAAUGACACCAACAUGGGGUCAAUAGAUAUUGGAAAGGAGAGUACAAUUGACAACGCUUUGGUUCGAGAGCUGCAUGCGCCUCUUGAACUGAACGAUGUAAAAAGCAUAUCUGAAUCUGAUGUGGAGCUUUUGAAGGGGGUAAACCCCAGUGAAGCAGACGAUGGCAGUAACAUCAGCAAAUUGGAGACUCCGGAUGAUGAAAAGUCAUCAAAAGUAGGAGUUGAGACGGGCAAAUCUGAAUAUGAAGAGGCAGUCGACGAAGCCUCUCAUGGUAUUGAAAUGGGUGGUGAAAGCAUAGAAACCGAAAAGACCAUCCUGGAACAAGAGGAUUCUGCUAAGAGCUUUGAAGGCAGCCCAAAGGAAGGUGUUGAAAUGGAGAAACCGACAGUUGAAUUUGAGUCAGAAGCAUAUAGUUGUGGAAGUGAUGCUUCUGAAACCCAGACUAUCAGCACUCAAACAGAAAAGAUAAUAGACGAGGAAAACAAAGAGUUGGCAAGUGAACUUCCAAAUGUGACUGUCAACGAAGUUCCCCUGCAAGAACAGGAAAACACUGAAUCUUGGCUUAGCCAACCUCCUGGAAGCAUUGAAAUCCUGGAAACAGAAUGCGUGCAAGUAGCACAUGAUGAUGAGGUUGGAAACGUGAAUGUCGUAGAUAAUGUGGGAACCACUGAGGGUGAAAGUUUUUUAAAAUCAACCUCAGUUGCUGAUGGAGAAUUGAACGAGAAUACUGAAGAUGACCAAUUGAAUACCAAGGAAGAAAUGAGUGGCUUCCAGGAGGAAGAGGGGAAAGCAAAAAUGAUAACAGAUAAAAACGUCAUGGCAGAAGCAAGUUUUGGGCAAGAUGAAGGAGUUAGUAUUCAAACCCCUGAGUUGACAGGAGGCUCAAGCAGGGAUAUUGAAGUACUAAAUGAGGUUCCCCAUGAGGGAAACAUGGAGAGCCUCACAAGCACCGAGACAACAUCUGUUGAACAAGACUUGAAGGAAACAAGCUUCGAAGGAGAAGACAAGAAAUCAAUCGCCUUGGAGAUGGAUCCUGAAGCAACACAACCAAGUACAGACAUAGGGGAGGAAAAGAACAAGGGAGAGGAAAUGCCAUGUCUCGGUGUCAAAGACGUUUGUAUAUCAACUGAAACAGCCACUGAAAAUGAAAUAGAUGAGCCAACAGAGAGCAAUGUAGGUGCAACAGACAAGCUUGGGAGUUCGUUGGUCACCGAACCUGAUGUUUGUAAGAAUCUUGAAGAGAACUCCAGUGUGGCACGCGAGGACGAAAUCCAAAACACUGGUAAAUUAGUCGAGAGGGUGAAAGAGGAUGCUUCAAUUGAAGAUGAAGUUGAAAAGCAGAACUUGGAAUCAUCAUUUGUUAAGAGAGCCGAAAACGUUGAGACGUCCAAAGAAGAAUCUGAAACUGGGAUGAAGGAUAUAGAUAAGGAGACUCAAAAAGAAGCAGAAAACCAAAACAAAGCCCUGGAAAAUGCCACUACAGCUGGUAGCAAUCUGAGUACAGAAGGUGAGGUUGUCGAAAACCAAGAAAGGAAAUCUUAUGUCGCAGCUUUGAAGCCGGAGGAUAGCGUGACAAGAGAAAGUGAGGAUAUCACUCCAGCAGAAGUUUUGACAAUGGAAUGCGAACCAGGAGUUACGGUUUUCCCAGGUGAAGACAACGUUGUGGUUGAGGAGCAGGAAGCAACUGAAACAUCAAAACAUGAGGAACACUCCGAGCAAAUCUUGAAGCAAAACACUGAACCAGCUAAGGCAAACCUGGGAAGCUCAUCGGUUGUAGCUUCAGAGGAGUUUGAAACAACUUCCCUCAAUGAUUACCCUGAAUCGAUUUCCAAAAUCGAGGGGGAGAGACCUGUUGGAAGCCCAGAAGAGAAACUUGGAGAUACAAUAAUUGCUGCUGACAUCAACGAGGAUGGCACUACAGAAGCAAAGAAUCUUUCAAUGGAUGAAGGGGGUGAGAAGAAAAGAAGUGCAGAGUUUAACAUCCCAAAUGACAAUGUUAACGAAGUGCACGUCACCCCUAGACCAGUGGAAGAACCGGAGGAAGAUGAAAAAAAUCGAAAUGAAGUUUCCAUGUUAGAAUCAGAGGAGCAGGACAGAAAUGAAACUGAAACAGCACGGGAAAAUCUGGGAAGCCCCUCGAUUGUAGCUUUGGAGGAGUUUGAAACAACUUCCCACGAUGAGUACGCUGAAAGCAUUACCAAGAUUGAGGAGGAAAGACCGGUAGGAAACCCAGAAGAAAUCAUUGGGGAACAAAGAAGUGACGAAAUCAUGAUUGCUGAUGAUAGCAACAACGAAGAAAUUCCAGAAGCAGAGAGUCUCUCGGCGGUUGACUCAUAUGAGAAGACUAGAAGUGCAGAAAUUAAAAUUCCAGAUAACAACACUAGAGAAGUUUGUGUCACCCAUCCACCAGUUGAAGAAACAGUUCUGGAGGGAGGCGAAAAGCAAAAUGAAGUUUCUUUGUCAGAAUCAGUGGAUCAAGUUCAUGAAGCAUCGGCCUCUGAAGUUCCCGAGGACGAGGAAAAGCAUGCUAAUGACUCAUAUGAAGCAAGCAAAAGUCCAGACUCUAAUAUUUCGGAGCAUACAUGCAUCGAAGGGGAAUCAAACACGGAAGCGACAACUAGUGCAAAGGAAAUACCAGCCGGAAGCCAAGAAGAAAUCCUUUGGCAACCAAGAAAGGACGAAAGUAUGAUCAAAAUUCCCGAAGCAGAGAAUCCCUUGACAGUUGACUCGUAUGUCACCCCUCCAUCCGUGGAAGAAACUUUCCUAGACGGAGGUGAAACCAAGAAUGAUGUUUCCAUCUUGGAUCAAGUUCAUGAAGCAUCUGAAGUUCCUACAGAAGAGGAAAAGGAAAAGGAAAAGGAAAAGGAAAGCAAAGACACUUAUGAAGCAACCGAAAGUCCAGAGAGUAACAUUUUAGAGGAUACAUCCACUGAAGGAGCUGUAAACAUAGAAGCAACCUCAACGAGAAGUGCUGUGGAUAUUACACUUGACAAGGGUUUUGAACCGGUCUCUGAAGAUGAACUAGAGGAGCUCAAAGCUGAGGAGAACCUAAAAGAACAGAUAGAACAAAAAGAAAAAGCUGCUGAUGUUGAGUUUCAAAUGCCAACAAUAAGCGAUGACAAGGAGAACAGUACAAUCAAGGGAGAAUCUCUUGUCGAGAAAAACACUCCCACAUGCACCGGAGAAGGAGAAUAUCAUCAUGAUCAAGAGGAUGAAGGCAUGUCAAACAGAUCUAAUGAAGCCUCACAUGCAUUGGAUAGUGGAGAGCAGAGUUGCAGCACAUCUAAUGAGAUAAAGAUCAUCGAUGACCAAAUCAUGAAUGAAGAGACCAUUCGGGCACAUGAGGAUCCAAAGAUAGCUGACUCGGGUGAAGACACAGAAGACUUGACGAAAAAUGAAGCACAUACUGUUGCAGAUCUCUCGCCAGAACCCACUGGUGAACACAUAACAAUGUGCCCUCAAGAGAAUGAAACAGAGGUUCUUGAGAAACUACCAAUGGCCGAGGGAAGUGCAAACAUGGGAAUACAAACGAAAGAGGAGCACAGUACGACGAAAGACAACUUUGACGAAAGUUAUGGAGAGGAAACUAGAAACGAAUGCUCUUAUGAUGAGGAAAAGGAAGAAAAAGAGCCUGAUACAGCGGCAAGUAAUGUGUAUGGGACUGCUCCAGCGAGUACGGCCACAGAGGAACGUUCCAUUUCUGACCUCCCUUCUUCAUUAAUUGAGGAGGAAAAAGCUGAGGAAAGAUUGAAAGAAGACAGAGAGGAUGAAAUAAAAGCAGAAAUAGAGGUCUCAAACUCACAUGCAGAGGCUUUUGAUGCCAUGCAUUCCACAGAGCAAAGAGAAGACAUGGCCUUACAACAUGAGGCAGAGGCAAAUGAGGACUUCAAUGCUGAGAGUAUCACGGAAUCAUCAUCAGAAGAAACGACUCAAAAAGACAGGAAUGUAGAUCUUGUGGAAAACUCCUCCUCAGUACCUGAGAUAUGCAAGAAAGAGAUUAAAGAGGAGGUUUUAGAGAAAGAAGACCCAAAUGUACCAGUGGUAGCAGAGGAAACAAGCUCAACUCAAGUCGAAGGAGAAAACAUACGGGGGUUAGACAGUGCUGACCUGGUUUUUGAAGAGAAGGGUCAAGUAUCAACCGAAACAAGCCAGAUGGGAUCAAAUGCCACAGAUCUCAUAGAUAAUACUGUAGAAACCUCGAUCUUGGGUGAAAAUGAUAAAACGGAGAUCCCAACAGCGAGAGAAGUUGCCACAGUUGAGACAUCUUUGGAUGACAUUUCAGAGCAAAUGCUCCAGGUGUCUUCCAUACAGACAUCGAAAGAACACGACCUCGUGUCACCUGAAGUCGGUGAAACAACAGGCGAGGCUCCUGAGAAAGACGAGAUGUUGUAUGAAAAAGCAGAAACUUCCUUAGCUGAAGAGACAACGGAAGAUGAGAUUAGGGAAAUAGAAGCAGAUGCCUCAUCAAAUCCAGUGAAAGACACCGAUUUGGGGUCAAUAGAUAAGGAAAAGGAGAGAGCAAAUGCUUAUGCUGCAGUUGAGGAUCGAGAGUUUUAUACGCCACCUGAGCAGAACAUAGAAGAAAGUACAUCUGAAUCAGAUGCGGAAGUUUUGAGAAGGGUAACCACCAGUGAAGUGGCUGAUCGUAAUGAGAUCAGCAAAUCAGAGGCUGUAGAAGAACUGAAAUCAUCAGAAAAGGACAAGCCUGAAUAUGAUACGGCAAUCAGUGAAACCUCUGAGGGUGUUGAAACGUGUGGUGGAUAUAUGGACACCGAAAAGGUUAUCCCGGAACAAGAGGACUCUGCUAAGAAUUUAGAAGGCAGCUCAAAGGAAAACGAUGAGAUAGAGAAAGUACCAGUCAAAUCCAAGGCAGAGACUCAUGGCAGUGAGACUUCUGAAGCCACAAGUAUUAGCACUCUUAAAGAAGAGAAUAUGAAUAUAAACAUAGUUGAACAUGAUGAAACUGCCGCUGAGUCCACGGUCAAAGAUGAAGGCAGCAGAAGAUUCCCUGAAACGAAUCCGACCAACACCGAGGAAGAGAGUCAUGAUGAUGAGAAUCAGACUAUUGCUUCGACUGACGAACAAAUUAGCAGACAAGAUAUAGAAAAAGGAAAAAAGGAAAUGAAUGAGGCGAUGGAAACCAAGUUAGAGACCCAAGAAGAAAUCAACAGAACUCAAGAUGCAAUCUUGACUGAGAAGGUUUCCACGGAGAUUGAGAGCGCUUCUGAACGUGAAACCAUCAAAGAACAGAAUAUGAAGGAAGAAAGUUGCACUAAGGAACUUCAUAUGUUACCAGCAGCAGAUAAUGAGGUUCGUACGGUCAUUGAGAGCGCCUCUGAAAGUGAAAUAAUCAAAGAACAGAUUAAGGAGGAAGAAAGUUGCACGGAGGAAUUUCAUAAGAGAACAGCAGCAGAUGAAACUGUAAAUGACGCGAGAGAGACAGAUUUAACACCCAUUCAGAGUCUUGAAGCUACGGCUUCCAACAAAAAUGCAGAAAUGAUGGGAUCAAACAUUGCAGAAGAUUUCAACAUGGAAUCAGAAGCGACGGAAAAGGAAGUCAACGAAACUGAAGAUGCAUUUUCCACUGAAGAGGUUUCCACAGAGACUUCCUUAGCCAUGGGGCCCAUGGAUGAGGUGACAUACCCAGAUCUAACAGCUGUUCACAGUCUUGAAGCAACAGAUUCCAAUGAAAUCACAGAAAUGAUGGAAUCAAAGUCUGCAAAAGAUCUCAACGAGGAAUCAGAAGCAUCUCCUAUGGCUGAAGUAUUGGAGGAUGAAACUAAGAAUAUUGAAAAGCCGGUGGAUGUCUCAAGCCUAGCAUCUGAAGGGUCAGACGAAAAGACGAAGGGAGAGAAAAUAGAUAACAUGGAAAUUUGUGAUGAUGAGACCGAUACUGCACCAACAGUGGUAACAGACCUACCAAGCUUAGGAGAAGUUCAGCUAAAUGAUGAGCCUGUAAAGGCCCUUGAUACUAGUUCAGAUGCUGAAAGCCAACACACGACCAGAACAGCUGAUGCCGGCGAACGGGAGAUUGAAGAAACCUCUAUCAUUGCGUCUCAGUUCCCAAUACAGGAACAUGAAAAUGCAGACAAUGCAAAUAUACAUGUAGAGAAGUCUGAUGUAGAAGUUGAAGCAACCGAAAUUCCUGACUCAGUGUCUCAGACUGAAGAUCAGGCUGUCAAAGAGAUUCACGAGACAGGUACAAGCCUGAAUGUGAUUGACGGUGAUACAAAGGAAAUUGAAAACCAGAUCAGAGAAGUUCCUGAAGUGUUAUUAGAACCCACAAAUCAACAUGCUGACGCGGCUAGAGAUGAUGAAAUUACCCCUGGUCAGACUCCCCAAGCUGAGAAAACAGAAGAGCAACUUCAGGUGCCCUCCACUGGCUUGCUUUCCGAGGAACAGGAGAGUGAAACUACAACCAGAAUCAGAAAGGGGAGCACAAAUGAAGACGCUAUGGAAGAGGCAAAGAUGCGCCAAGCUGAGGUUAGCAUGAUUCGAGAGGAACUCGAGACAACCAGUGAAGGCGAGGGCAUAGAAAAUCAAGUUCAAGGAAAGGAAAACAGAGUUCGAGACUUGUCAACGGUUUCCAGUGCAGAAGAAUUGGAUGCUGAGAGCUUGAAAGACAACUCCGUCAUCACAGAGAUGUCUGCACAAGAGGUACUUGAGACCAACCAUGGAGGCCAGGACACUGAUGAGCCUGUAAAGGCCCUUGUCACUAGUUCAGACACCGGAAGCCUGCAAGCAACUGAAACAUCGAAAGCUAACCAUCAGGAGCUUGACGAAACCUCCAGAGUGGUGUCUCAAUUACCAGUGGAUGAAUGUGAGAAAUCGGAGAAUAUAAGUGCAAACGUAGACAAGUCAGACACAAAUAAUGUUGAAGAAAAUGAAUUAGAAAUUCCCGGUGCAGUACCUGAGCCUACAGAUCAAAGAGUCCAAGAAAUUCAGGAGAUAGGUAUAAGCCUACCUGUGGGAGAGGCACAUACAAGUGAAAUCGCAUAUCAAACUAGAGAAGUUCCUGAAGUGUUAUUGGAACCCACAAAUCAACAUGCUGAUGCAGCUAGAGAAGAUGAAAUUACCCCUGGUCAGACUCCCCAUGCUGAGAAAACAGAAGAGCAACUUCAGGUGCCCUCCUCUGGCUUGCUUUCCGAGAAACAGGAGACUGAAAUUACAACCGGAAUCGGAAAGGGGAGCACGAAUAAAGACGCUAUGGAAGAGGAAAAGAUGCACCAAGCUGAGGUUAGCAUGAUUAGAGAGGAACUUGAGACAACCAGUGAAGGCGAGGGCAUAGAAAAUCAAGUUCAAGGAGAGGAAAACAGAGUUCGAGACUUGUCAAGAGUUUCCAGUGCUGAAGAAUUGGAUGCUGAGAGCUCGAAAGACAACUCCAUCAUCACAGAGAUGUCUGCACAAGAGGUACUUGAGACCAACCAUGGAGGCCUGGACACUUAUGAGCCUGUAAAGGCCCUUGUCACUAGUUCAGACGCCGGAAGCCUACAAACAACUGAAACAUCUGAUGCUAGCCAACAGGAGCUUGACGAAGCCUCCAGCGUGGUGUGUCAAUUUCCAGUGGAUGAAUGUGAGAAAUCGGAGAAUAUAAGUGCAAGCGUAGACAAGUCAGACACAUAUGAUGUUGAAGAAAAAGAAUUAGAAAUUCCCGGCGCAGUACCUGAGCCUACGGAUCAAAGAGUCCAAGAAAUUCAGGAGACAGGUACAAGCGUACUUGUGGGAGAGGCACAUACAAGUGAAAUCGCGUAUCAAACUAGAGAAGUGCCGGGAGCAUUUUCAGAAGCCAUAAAACAAGGUGUUGAAGCUGUAAGUGGGGAUGAGAUUAUUGCACCUGCUGGGGAAACGAAAGAAACAAGCUUGGGGGAACUUCAGCUAAAUGAGCACGUGGAGGCCCCUGAUACACAUUCAAGCUCUCAGAAUCUAGACACAAUCAAAACAGCUGAUGCUAGUCAACAUAAUGCAGAAUUUGAGCACAUGAAGCUUGAAGAGACCAUACAUGAACAUGAGGAAGCAGACAGGGAAAGUAUACCUCUAGAGAAGUCAGAAGAUAAUUAUGCUCAAGUUGAAGAAACCGAAAUUCCAGACACAGUGCCGGAGUCUGAACAUCAGGCUGUCAAAGAGAUCCAUGUGACGGGUAAAAUCCUGAAUGUGGGAGACACUGAUGCAAAUGAAAUUGGAAAACCAAUCAGUGAAGUUCCUGAAGCAUUAUUGGAAGCCAUGAAUCAAGGUGUUGACCCAGCAAGGAAUGAUCAAAUUAUCUCCAGUCAAAUUGUCCAAGGUGAGAAACUGGAAGAGCAACUUGAAGCACCAUCCUCUGGCUUGGUUUCCAUGGAACAGGAGAGUGAAACUACAACCACAGACAAAAAGGGGAGUACAGAUAGAGAUGAUAUAGAAGGGACAAAGAUGCUCCAAGCUGAGAUUAGAGAGAAAAUCGAGACUACCGGUGAAGGCAAGGGAUUUGUAAAUCAAGUUCAAGCAGAGGAGAAAAGAGCUCAGGACUGGUCAACAGUUCCCAAUGCCAAAGAAUUGGACGCUGAGAGCUCUACAGACAAUGCCAUAAUCACAAAGAUGUCCACACAAGAGGUACUCGAGACCAACCAUGGUGGCCAUGACACUGAUGAGCAGAUAAGGGGCCUUGAUACUAGUUCAGACACUGACAGGCUGCAAACAACUCAAAAAUCUUAUGCUAGCCAACAGGAGCUUGAAGAAACCUCCAGCAUGGUGUCUCAGCUUCCAGUAGACAUAUAUGAGAAACCAGGCAAUGAAAGUGUAACUGAAGAGAAGUCAGAUGCAUACGAUGUUAAAGUCAAAGAAAUUGAUUUACCUGGUGUAGUACCUGAGUCCAGUGAUCAGAGAGUCAAAGAAAUUCAUGAGGUAGGUACAAGUGUCGAAGAGAUUCGAACAGAAGAAGUGGAAACACAAACCAGAGAAGUUUGUGAAGCUUUGCCUGAAGACGUAAAUCAAGGUGGAGAAACAGUUAGUGGGGAUGAAAUCAUUGCACCUUCAGAGGCAACAAAAGUAACGAGUUUGGGAGAGCUCCAGCUAAAUGAUGAGCAUGUGGAGGCCCCUGAUACAGUCAAAACAGGUGAUGGUAGUCAACCGGAUGCAGAAUUUGACAGCAUGAAGUGCGAAGAAACUUCUAUCAUGGUGUCUCAGCUUCUAAUACAUGAACAUGAGAAAGAAGAGAGUGCAAACAUACCUGUUGAGAAGUCCGAUGCAAAAGAUGUUGAUGUUGAAGAAGCUGAAAUUCCUGACACAGUGCCCGAGUCUGAAGACCAGGCUGUCAAAGUGAUUCAUGAGACAGGUACAAGCUUGACUGCGGGAGGGGCUGAUACAAAUGAAACUGAAAAGCAAAUCAGACGAGUUCCUGAAGCAUUGUCAGAACCCAUUAAUCCAUGUUUUUACACAUCCAGAGAUGAUGAAAUGACCCCUGUUCAAACUCCCCGAGCUGAGAAGAUAGAAGAGGACCUUCAGGUGCCAUCCUCUGCCUUGCUUUCCAAGGAAGAGGAUGGUGAAACUUCAAUAGCAAUUGAAAAGGGGAGCACAGAUAAAGAUGUUACAGAAGUUGGCAGCUUGGAGCUUCAAGAAAACUCUGGUUCAGUGUUCCAACUUCCAGUAACCGAAUGCAGUGCAAAUGAUGUAAUUGAAGAAAAAUCAGAGGCGGAUGAAGUUGAACUAAAUGAAACCAAAGCAUUGGAUGCAGUAUCUGACUCAAAAGAUCGGGGUUUUGAAGUAAUUCAUGAGAUUCAGACAAUCCCAGCUGCAGAAGACACUGAGACAGACAAAGUAGAGGAUGAAAUCAAAGAAGUAAAUGAAAAAAUACCUGAUCUCAGAUAUAAAGGUGUUGAUGCAGCUACUGAUGGUGAGAACCUCGAUCAUCCUCUCCCCGUUGGUAAAUUAGGAGAGCAGAUUCAGUUGUCAUCCUCUUCCUAUGAGAGCACAAAGGAAGAAGCCGCAGAACUCGACAAGAGUGAGGUUGAGAAAUUCAAAGACUUGUCGUAUAAACUUCCAACAACCGAACAUGUGGGCACAACCAUUGAAACUUCCGAAGCAGAUGAAGUUCUAAUUGAAGAAGCCAAAACUUCUGAAGCAAUAUCCGAGUCCAAAGGUGAUGGCUUUGAAGAAUUUAAGGAGAUUGGGUCAAGCCCACCUGUGGAAAAGAUUCGUACAGAUGCAGAUGAAGUUGAACUAAACAGAACCAAGACUUUGGAUGCAGUGUCUGAGUCCAAAGAUCAGGUUUUUGAAGAGAUUCAUGAGAUUCGGACAAUCCCAGCUACGGAAGACACAGAGACAGAAAAAGUAGAGGACGAAACCAAAGAAGUAACUGAAAAAAUACCUGAUCUCAGAUACAAAGGUGCUGAUGCAGCUACUGAUAGUGAGAGCCUUGGUCAUCCUCUCCCGGUUGGUAAAUUAGAAGAGAAAAUUCAGUUGUCAUCCUCUUCCUAUGAGAGCACAAAGGAAGAUGCAACAGAACUCGACAAGAGUGAGCUUGAGGAAGCCAGAGACAUGUUGUAUAAACUUCCAACAACUGAACACGGGAUCCGCCAUGUGGGCACAACCAUAGAAGAGUCAGAAACAGAUGAAGUUCAAGUUGAAGAAGCCAAAACUUCUGAAGCGAUAUCUGAGUCCAAAGGUGAUGGCUUUGAAGAAUUUAAGGAGUUUGGGUCAAGCCCACCUGUGGAAAAGACUCGUACAGAUGAAAUUAAAGAAGAAACCAAAGCAGUUCCCGAAACAAUAUUCGAGCCCACCUAUCAAGAUGCUCAAACAGCCGUUGAUGUGGAGACUGCCAUUAAUCAGACUCUCACGCCUCAGGGAGUAGAGCAACUUCAUGAACCAAAGAGUACAACAGAAAAAUCAUGCUUGCAGGAUGAAGGGCAGAGGGAGCUUGAAGUUUCUAAUUUGGAGCUGAAACUACAGAAGGACAGCCAAGAUAUAUCACCAGAUGAAGAAAACAAAGGUCUCGAAAAACGUUCAACUGAUGCUCCAUCACAAUAUGAGGAAAGACCAGUUCAGCAGAGUUUGCAGGAGGCUUCAACAGAUGAGGACAUUGUCUAUUCAAAGAACUCAAACAAGGAUGCUGAUAAUCUACCUACCCCGUAUCCAACAGUCACAGAGCAUUCAACAGAAGACAUUGGUGGAAAGUAUGAAGAAGUCUCUAAUCUUGAGUUUGAGAAGAAUGGUGAGGUUCUGCUCGAAUCUGUGUCUGCAAUCAACAGUCCUUCAGUACCCCUCACAUCAGAGGGAAUAGAAGUCAUAAAAGAGACUCCCAAGGAAAACACAACUGAAUUGGGGGAUAGGGAAAAUAAUUGUGAGGAAACAACUGAAGAAGAAGCCAUCGAGAAACAUACUUCAACGGAAAAGAUCUCGGAGGAAAUGCAAGGUUCCAGAAACUUUGAUCAAAUAUCUCUUCAGGAAGAUACAGCCACAAAGACCAACCAAGAAGAUGAAUUAAGGGCAGAAGAUUAUCCUGGAGAAAGAACAAACAAGAUAUUUGAUGCCUCAAGGAACGAGAUUCAACCUGAAAUGGUGUUUAAGGAAUCUGAAGAAGAUUGUGUAGACAACAAUGUGGAAGGAGUGGUCAGAGCUGCCGAUAAGGGCCCUCACCAAGUUUCAGUGUCAGAUGAGAUAGCUAAUCAAUCAAUGCUUGAAAGUCACGGUGAUGAAACAGCCUUUACAGACACAGCAACAGAGGCAACAGCUCGAAUUGAAGAGUUAAAAAGCUCUGAGGCAAUGUUGGUUAGCCAUGAGGUGGAAAGAGCAGGUGAUAUUGACGAGGAAACUGCGAUUAGCAAGGAUGGGCAAUUGCAAAACAAAGACCUAGUUGUGCCACCAGUAGCAGACAAAGCAGCUGAAGAAGCUCUUGAUGGAAAAGAACUUGAAACGUUGGAUGAUUUCUCUGAACGUGGUCUUGACACAAAUGACGGAAACAUUGAACCAUAUGAACACAAAAAAGAAAUUGCUACUGCUGGCACUAUUGAUUCGGAAAGCCUCGUGGACAAUGAGAAGCUGGGGCAUCCAUUUCCUGAACCAGGAUGUGAUGGAAGUGGUGGUACAGAAGACUUGGAUCUGACCAAGAAAGAUGGCUCAAAUGAACCAAGUAUUUCGUCUACCACAGCAACUUCACAUGAAACACUAGCAGAUGAGGCGAGUGAGAAAGCUGUAGAUACAAAGCAACAUCAUUUCAUGUCCGACGAACAGACAGCAGAACCAGAAAGCAUACCAGAAGAAGGAAAUGGCUUUCAACUUGAGGCGCACACAAUGGAUAAGGAGCCAGUAGAGCUCUCAGUGAUGGCAGAUGAGGCGAAGCUUGACGAAAACAAGAUUCGGACAACAACCGCUAUCGAAGAAGAAGAAAGUCCACAGGAAAAUGAAAAGCCUAAUGUUUUGCCUCAUAUCAUGGAUUCAGAAACGGAGGUAUCUCGUGAAGCGGUCACAAUGAAUAUUUCUGAUGACAUACAAGGCCCAGAGAAGACCUCCCUUGCUAUACCCCAUGAGCAGAUUGCAAGCAAAACAGAUCCAAGUGAGAGCAUAGAACGUACAAACAGCAAAGGAAUGGAAUGUGGAGAAGAGAACAGAAUGGUGGAACAAUCCAAAGAAAUAACAGAAGAGUCCCAAAUGAUAGAGUCAGCUAAGAUGUCAUUAUCUGACCUCUUGCAGAGAUCCACAAAACGAAAUGUGCAAGUGGGUGAAGACGUGACUGAAGAGCGAGAAUUGAUGGGAAUCAAGGAAGAGCCGCAAAAUGAGACAGCAAAAACAGUAGAAGCUGAAGAAGAAGCAGUACAUGACAAGAAAGAUGAAGAAGAGGAAGGAGAUGAACUGAAAAGAGAAGACUCGGGCUCUGAUGCUCCAGUCAUGGUAGAAGCAUCAAGAGAUAUGGAUGUCAAAAUUGCACAUAAGAAACCUCAUCAUCACAAUAUACUUUCAGGUGUUGGGUCAAAGGUCAAGCAUUCACUUGCCAAGGUGAAGAAAGCCAUCACUGGUAAGUCUUCUCACCCGAAGCCAACAUCACCAAAAUAGCUAGUCUCCAUUAGUUAAAACCACAUGACAGUUGGUUUUAUACAAAAUAAUUAAGCGAGAAGGGGGGUGCAAUUUCGCUUUGUGCUUAGUUUACAACGUUUGAGUGUGGUGUGUAUUUGUGCGGCUUAAAUAAGUUCCGAACGAUUACUUGUACAAAGUUACUUGCAAAAUUAUCUGAUUGCAGUAUAUUGUCCAUUUCAUGA